AUGAGCUCCUCUGGGAAGAGGAUGGGUGCAAGGUGUCAGCAACCUGGGACCCCAGCCGGGGCUCGCGUGCGUAUCCUGGGGAGUCCAGAGUGGCCGGGUGGGCGGCCGGGCAAGGGCAGCAGUGCUAAGGGAGCGCUGCAGCGCUGGCGGCUUGCGCUCUGGCUGCACGCGUGGCUCUGGGCGGUCUCAGGCGCCUCGGCUCAGGUGUUCAAGCUCAGCCUCCGCGUGGACGAGGGGCUCCCCCCGGACACCCUCGUGGGAGACAUCCGCGCGGGGCUGCCGGCCGCGCAGCAGCUGGAGGGGGGCGGCUUCUUCCUGUCGGAGGAUUCCGACGACUCCCCGCUGCUGGAUGACUUCCACGUGCACCCCGACACCGGCAUCAUCCGCACCGCGCGGCGCCUGGACCGCGAGCGGCGGGACCGCUAUAGCUUCGUGGCGGCCACGCUGCUGGGCGCCGUGGUGCAGGUGGAGAUCCGCGUCACCGACGUGAACGACCACGCGCCAAGUUUCCCCCGCGACUCGCUGCAGCUCGACGUCUCCGAGCUCAGCCCUCCGGGGACCGCUUUCCGCUUGCCCGGCGCCCAGGACCCCGACGCGGGGCUUUUCAGCACCCAGGGUUACACCCUGCUCCACGCUCCCGAUGUGCCCGAGGACCCCGCAGGACCCUUCUUUCAGCUGCGCUACGGGAGCUUGGGGUCGCCCCCAGCCUCGUCCCUGGAGCCCCUAGACUUGGUUCUGCUGCGGCGCUUGGAUCGGGAGCAGCAGGCGACCCACGAGCUGCAGAUCGAGGCCUGGGACGGCGGCCACCCGCGGCUCACCGGCCACCUGCGCGUGGAGCUGCGAGUGCUGGACGAGAAUGACAACCCGCCCGUCUUCGAGCAGGCCGAGUACCGAGCGUCAGUGCGCGAGGACGCCCCGCCGGGCGCCGAGGUCUGUCGCGUGCGCGCCACGGAUCGGGACCAGGGGGCCAAUGGCGAGGUGCGCUACGGCCUGCGCGCCCGGCAGGCGCCCCCCGGGGACGCGGCGUCCUUCUCCGUGGACGAGCUCAGCGGCGUGGUACGCGUGCACCAGCCGCUGGACCGCGAGGCGCAGGCCUGGCACCAGCUGGUGAUCGAGGCCCGCGACGCCGGCGCUGAGCCCGAGGUGGCCACCGUGCGCGUGUCCAUCGCUGUGCUGGACGUGAAUGACAACCAACCCGCCAUCCACCUGCUCUUCCUCACCGAGGGGGGCGUCGCCCGCGUGUCCGAGGGUGCCCGCCCCGGAGACUAUGUGGCUCGGGUCUCGGUGUCCGAUGCUGACGGGGACCCGGUGGUCUCGGCCUCGGACUCGGACUCGAACUCGGAGGCCUUCUGGGACUUUGGGGUGGACCGCGCAGGAGGAAGCAUUGCCCUGACCUUGGAAGGCGGGGACGGGACCUUCUCCCUGCGUUCAGGGAGCUCCCCAGAAGUAUUUUUUCUCUGCGUCGAGGGGCCCCUGGACAGGGAGAGCCGCGACCUAUAUGACCUGCGACUGGUGGCCACGGAUGCGGGGUCCCCGCCCCUGAGCACGGAGGAGACGCUGCUGCUCCGAGUCUCCGAUCUCAAUGACCAGGCGCCGGUCUUUAGCCAGGCGCAUUAUCGGGGCUCAGUGUCCGAGGCUGCGGCCCCCGGUACCCCGGUGCUGUGGGUCAGCGCUUCCGACGCCGACGAGGCGGGCACCGACCACUCCAGGCUGCGCUAUGAACUGCUCCACCUCGAGGCGCGCUGCGGCUCCGAGGCCGAGUGUGGCGCGUCCUUCGCUAUUGAUCCGGAUCGCGGCGUCAUCGGCACUCUCAGGAGUCUGGACCGAGAGGCCCAGGACCGGGUAGAGCUGAGAGUGGUGGUCCGAGAUCUCGGAGAGCCCCCGCUCACGGCUACCUGCUUGGUGAGCAUCACCGUGGAAGACGUGAACGACAAUGAACCCAUUUUUCCUAGGCAGGUGUACAACGUGACGCUGGUGGAGCACACCGCAGUCGGCCACUGCUUUCUGCAGGUAAAAGCCUCUGAUGCAGAUACAGGACUCUAUGGCUUUAUUGAAUAUUCACUUUAUGAUGGAUUUCAAAGCUCUGCAGCACCUCAGGCUUUCCAGAUUGACCUGCAUGAUGGACGAAUCUGUGUUUCUCAAGAUAUCGACAGGGAAAGGGACCCUGCCACUUAUGAUCUCUUGGUGAAAGCUAAAGAUGGGGGUGGGCUCAGUGCCCAGGCUUUUGUUCGUGUGGAGGUGGAGGAUGUGAAUGAUAAUGAACCUGUGUUUAACCCAUCAACUUAUGGGACCAGCAUCAGUGGCCAGACCCAGUCAGGCACUGAGAUCAUCAAUGUCUUUGCCACUGACAGGGACUCUGGAAUAUAUGGAACAGUGACUUAUGAGCUCAUCCCUGGAGACCUCUCAUCCCUUUUUACCAUUGACUCUGCCACAGGAAUUAUUUACUUAGCCUCAUCUAUUUCUCAUCUGGAGUCUACUACACUUUGGUUGAUGGUCUGUGCUCGAGAUGGUGGUGGACUCACAUCUGUUGUUAAUGCCCAAAUCACCGUACAAAUUCUUCAGACAACUCUGGCCCCUGCAGACUUUGAAAGGCCGAAGUAUACAUUCUCUGUUUAUGAAGAUGUGCCCAAAGACAGUCCUGUUGGAACAGUGAAAGCAAAAGAAUCCUUGAAUUCCUCAGAGCCAAUUUUGUACAAAAUUUCUUCUGGUGAUUUGGGUGGCAAGUUCUCCAUUCACCCUUUGUUGGGUACCAUCCGGACCCAGAAGCCUCUGGAUCAUGAAACACAGCCUGUUGUAGUGCUCACAGUGCAGGCUCAGCUAGGCAGCUCCCCAGUCUGCAGCAGUACAGAGGUCAAUAUCACUGUCAUGGAUGUCAAUGACAACCAUCCUGUGUUUCCCAGAAUCUCUGAUGAGAUAAGACUCUCCCAGACCACACGGCCGGGCACUGCCUUGUAUCGUGUGCAUGCAGAAGACAAGGAUAGUGGACCUAACGGCUUCAUCCGAUACUCCCUUGCAGGUCAGCAGCCCAGUAUCUUUUCCAUUGACUCUGGCCUAGGUGUGGUUUACCUCAAUGGGAGUCUGGGAGCUGGAGGACCUCAGAGGCACACCAUCACUCUCAUGGCCCAGGACUUCGGGGUUCCUCCUCUAGCAGCCCUCUUUGUGCUGACAGUCCUUAUUGAAAAACAAGAACCUUUCUCACCCCUGACCUUUGAAAGCUUGGUCUAUCACACGGAGGUGAGUGAGUCCCUUUCACUGAUGACCCAAGUACUUCGAGUACAAGCCCAUUUCCUGGGCCCACAGCAUACAACCUCGAAGCUUCAGUACUUGCUGGAAACUGGAACGAACUCUGCUGCUUUUGGCAUCCACCCGGAUACUGGGUGGAUUUAUUUGCGACGACAGCUUGACUUUGAGUCGGCACAAACAUAUCGUUUCAGAGCUUUUGCCCGGAUCCCUGAAGACAGACUAUUACAAAAUGUGAGCACUUCAGUCAUUGUUCAUGUCCUGGAUGAGAACGACAAUUCCCCUGUUUUCUUGCAUGACGUGUUGUUUUUGAAAGUCAAGGAGAGCCCCCUUCCCCAGGGGGUAAUAGGCAAAAUUACAGCAAUUGACAGAGACUCUGGAAAGAACGGACAGCUGUCAUAUUUUCUUUUGUCUGAUGGAAAAUUCUUCAGGAUGAACCCCAUUACAGGUGAGCUGGUCAGUUGGGUAGGCCUGGAUCAUGAACAUCAGGAACAUCACCAGGUGAGCAUCCUAGUGACUGACCAUGGCUCCCCACCACGGAAUGCCACUCUUAUGGCUUACAUUGCAGUUAUGGACAUCAACGACAACCCACCAUACUUCCCCCAGUGCCGCCCUGGACAGCAACUGCACGUCAAGGUUUUGGAAGGUCAGCCAGUAAAUAUGCUGGUUACAACUGUGUUUGCAAAGGAUCUCGAUGAAGGAAACAAUGCAGAAGUGAUAUAUUCAUUAUCUUCAGAAAACAGUUCUGAUCACUUCAGAAUUGAUGCCAACAGUGGAGAGAUAAGAACAACAACUGUGCUUGUAUUUGAUGAGAGACCCUCCUACAGGAUCACAGUACUUGCCAGUGACCAGGGACUGCCUCCUCUCCAAGGACAGGCACUUAUCAUUAUUCAGGUGAUCCCACUGUCCAAAGGAAGGGCUGUCACUUCUCAAAAUAUUAGACAUUUAGUUAUACCAGAAAACUUGAAACCUACAAAAGUGAUGAACUUGCUCAAGUCAUCAGAUUCCCUUCAUCAUCACUAUAAUAGAAAGUUACAUUUUAGUAUUGCUGCUGAGGACAAGGAUGGUCACUUUGAAAUCGACCACUUGACUGGAGACCUGUUCCUUUCUAAGGAACUUGAUUACGAAAUGGCAUCUCAUCAUCUUUUCAGGGUACUUACUAAAGACCAUAGCAAAAACCCUCCCCUGAGUAGCACUGUCUUUCUCAGCAUUGAUGUGGAUGAUCAGAAUGACCAUUCUCCUUCUUUCCAAGAUGAGUUCAUCGUCAUCAGCAUAGAGGAGAAUGUUCCCGUGGGGACUCUGGUGCAUGUCUUCAAUGCUAAAGAUGGUGACGGCAGCUUUCUCAACAGCAGAAUACAAUACUUCAUCGAAUCCCACCACGCUGGAAUGAAUCCAUUUCUCAUUCAUCCCUCCUUUGGCACGUUAGUCACUGCAUCCCCCCUGGAUAGAGAGCUAGUCCCCACUAUUGCCCUGACAGUAACAGCAUCUGAUCAAGCUGUCAAUGUGACAGACCGGAGACAGAAGUCACUGAUGGCUAAAGUAGUGAUUUUGGAUGUAAAUGACCAUAGCCCCACUUUCACCUCUUUCCCUAUCAUCCACAUAAAAGAGGAUGCUAUUGUGGGCUCCUUAGUACAUCACAUAAUUGCUCAAGAUCCAGAUGAAGGAAGGAAUGGAAGAGUAACCUACAGCAUCAUCUCUGGAAAUGAAGACAGAACCUUUCUGUUGGAUGCAUCAUCAGGCUUCCUAACUAUAGCUUGUCCUUUGGAUUAUGAAGAAAGAACUCAGCACGUUCUGACUCUCCUCGCAGUGGAUGAUGGCACCCCCACCUUUUCUUCAUCCCAGACUUUGACCAUCACUGUCCUUGAUGUAAAUGAUGAGGUGCCCAUACUAAAGCAGCAUCAGUACAAAGCGACUGUUCAUGAAAACCGAAAUCCAGGGGAGUUUGUCACAAGGGUUGAAGCUACAGACAAAGACUCAGGAAUCAACGCCAAGCUUCAGUUUGAAAUUAUGCCAGGUGCUUCAUUUGGACUGUUCCAGAUAAAUCCUGACACAGGAGAGGUCGUGACGACAACAACCCUUGACAGAGAAGCUCAGGAGGUCUUUACCCUUCAGGUGCUCGUGCGAGAUGGGGGUGUGCCUUCAUUGUCUGCCACUGCAAUGAUUCUUUGCUCUGUGGAUGAUGACAACGAUCACCCUCCGAACAUUAUCACUCUCAUUCACGACAUUGAGGUCAUGGAAAACCAAGAGCCAGGGCUUGUCUACACGGUUUGGGCCACUGAUAAGGAUGCUGGCAAUAAUGGAGUGGUCCGGUUUCAGAUCAUUGAUGGAAAUACUGAAGAGUCCUUUGCUAUUAAUGAAACAUCAGGAGAACUUUCAACCAUUCAUGCCUUGGACCGUGAGCAGGUAAACAGUUUCACUCUGGCCAUUUUGUGUUCCGACUUGGGGGAUCCACCCCAGAGUUCUAGGAUGCAGCUGCAUGUCCGAGUUCUGGAUGACAAUGACCACAGCCCCACAUUUCCCCUGCUUCAGUAUCAGUCAUCUGUGAGAGAAGACACUGAGGUGGGGACAGCCGUUCUUGUGCUCUCAGCUGCAGACCAGGAUGAAGGACUAAAUGGACAGAUUGAGUAUUUGCUGAUGGACGACAAGGCCUCAGGCCCAUUCACCCUCGAUCCUGUGGCUGGUGUCUUGAAAAUUGUUCACGUUCUGGACCGAGAAGUCACAUCCCACCAUACAUUUAGGGUUGUAGCCAGAGAUUGUAGUGUCAAGGGCUCAAGAAGCACCACAGCAAUGAUAAAAAUACAGGUGACUGAUGUUAAUGACAAUGAUCCAGUUUGGGAACAGAAUCUUUCAGAAAUUUUUCUUUCUCCUCAGUCACCUAUCAAUCAGACCAUUGCCAUUUUGAGAGCCAGUGACCCCGACCUGGGACCCAAUGGAACUGUCACCUUUAGCUUUGCAGAGACCCAGUCAAUGUUUUCUCUCAAUGAAUAUACAGGAGAUAUUCAACUUCAGCAAAAUUCACCUUCUGAAUAUUUUCCUGUGUGGCUGCAGUUAAACAUAAUGGACCAGGGGGUUCCAGCUAGGCUAACUACUGGUGUCCUGGCUGUUCAUAUGGAAGGAGAAGAUGCUAAGAUUUCUUUUAGCCACCAUCUAUAUAAAGGAACUGUGAUGGAAAAUUGUGAGGAAGGUACUGCUAUUGUGACUGUACAUGCUUUUACUCCUGACUUUAUUCUGGAUGACAUCAAAUAUUCCAUUUUUAGUGGAAAUGAAGAUGGUGCUUUUUCCCUGUGCUCCAACUCAGGAGCACUCACAGUGAAAGAGCCCAAAUUUCUUGAUUUUGAAGUCAGAAACGAAAUACAACUCAUCAUUUUAGCUGAAAGUAGAGGGCAUAGAGCCUACAGCAAAGUAGUCGUCCUGAUACAAGAUGUGAAUGAUAACUUCCCAGGCUUUAAGCAAAGUGUCUACCGAGUAUCAGUACCUGAAGGCCAGCUCAGCAAUACUUACAUCAUUCAGGUUUUGGCCACAGACUUGGAUAGUGGGUUGAAUGGCCUCAUUGAGUAUUCCAUUCUAUCUGGCAACCAAGGAGAAGUUUUCCAGAUGGACAUGCUGAGUGGUGUGGUAACCGCAAACAAGACUCUUGAUUAUGAGUUCAUCAGCUCCUACAGUUUGGUUGUGCAAGCCACAGAUAAAGGGAUGCCCAGGCUUUCUGGCACGAGUGUGAUCAAGAUCCAGGUGACUGACAUAAAUGACAAUGCCCCAGCUUUUUUGCCCUCUGAACCAGUGGAAAUUGCAGAAAAUUCUUUGCUUGGCACAAUUGUGACUCAGAUAUCAGUACAUGAUGUGGACUUGAAUCCAGCUUUCAUCUUCAGUUUGGACAAAGAGAGUAACCCUGGAAGCAAGUUUGCUAUUGAUCAGAACACUGGAGUGGUGAUACUAGUGAAAACAUUGGAUUUUGAAGAAGUUACUGAAUAUGAACUGCUCAUCCACAUUUCUGAUUCCAUGUACCACACGGAGGGUACACUUAUUAUUCAUGUGUUAGAUGUCAAUGAUAACCCACCUGUCUUUUCUCAAGAUUCAUACCAGGCUGUUGUUCCUGAAACUGUGCCUCUGGGGUUCCCAGUGCUGACUGUGACAGCCACAGACUUUGAAAGCAGUAAGAAUAUUUCAUAUAGAAUCCUUUCCUCUUCGAAGGAAUUCACAAUUGAUCCUAAGAAUGGCACAAUCUUUACGAUCAAUCCUAUGUUACUGCUGGAUAAGAAGUCACCAAUUCGGUUUCUCGUCGAAGCCAGUGACGGGGGAACGCCUGACCUCAGCGCCCUCACCUUAGUGGAGAUCAGCUUAAAAGAGGUGAACUGUCACAUCCCCAAGUUUGCAGCCCAAUCCUACAAUCUUAGCGUGAAUGAAGACACGCCCCCUGGAGGCACCCUCAUGGCAUUUUCCACCCUGGAAACCCAUGAAAACUCUCUUGUGGAAUAUUCCAUCCUCAGCGGUAACACUCAGAACCACUUCUUCCUGGAAACAAGGUCCAUUCAUUCCUAUUAUCCUUCUAAGCAAGUUGGUUAUCUGGUGCUGCUUCACAGUCUGGAUAGAGAAACCAAAGCCAGCCACCGACUAGUCCUUCUGGCCACUAAUGCAGGUUGUCCAGCCCUGAGCUCCACAGCUGUUGUUUCCAUUGAAGUGCUUGAUGCCAAUGACAAUCCACCUCAGUUUAGCAGAGUAAAAUAUCAUGCCCACAUUCGGGAGAGCACCCCUCCCGGGAGUCCAAUCACUGUGGUCUCAGCAGAGGACCAUGAUCUGGGUCCACACGCAGAGAUCAGGUACCGCCUGGUCUCCGGAAACGAGGGGGGGUAUUUUCACUUGGAAGAAAGAACGGGAAUUCUUUACUUGAUGAAGCCUCUAGAUUAUGAGGAAAUCAUAAAAUUCACUUUAUUGGUCCAGGCUGCUGAUGGAGGAAAACAACACUUGUCAUUUGCAGUUGUGUUAAUUAGUGUUCUAGACGAUAACGACCACAUACCCCAGUUCAUGUUCUCAAGACUGACCUGCGUUGUUCCUGAAAACCAAGCUGUUUCAUCCACGCUGUGUUCUGUCAAUGCCUUUGACUUUGAUGCAGGUCCUUAUGGAGAACUGACCUACUCUAUUUUAUCCCCUUGCUCUCUCACUCCUGGGCUGCCUCAUGAGCACCAUCCCUUCAUUAUUGACCCUCUAACAGGAGAUAUUCACACUCAGCAAGUCCUUGACUAUGAAAGUGUCAAUGAAUACUGCCUCAUGAUCCAGGCUAAAGACAAAGGUGCCUCCACCGCCUCCUUAAUGGUUUGGGUGGAUGUUGAAGGGAUCGAUGAGUUUGAACCCAUGUUCACGCAAGAUCAAUAUUUUUUCAACCUGCCAGAAAAGAACCAGGGAAGACAGUUGGUUGGCAGAGUGGAAGCCUCAGAUGCAGACGCUGGGAUCGAUGGAGUUGUUCUCUACUCCCUAGAAACAUCAUCGCCUUUCUUUUCAGUGAACAAAAGCAGUGGAAGCAUUUAUUUGGCGAGACCCCUUCCCCUAAUAAAAAGCCACAUUAGCCAAGGAAACUCCAUUGAAAUAAAAAUCAUCGCCCAUAGUCCCAAAGCAGACUCCAAGUUUGCAUCUUGUACUGUUUUUGUCAAUGUGUCUUUUGCCCCAGAGAGGAAAUACUUAGCAGUAUCUACCAGCAGCUUUUCCAUCAGUCUCGCUAUCUCCUUUUUGGUGUUUUUAUUCCUUAUUUUCACAUUAAUUAUCCUGGCUCUAAGACAUAGACAAAAGGAGUCGACCAACCAGUGUGAGAAGGAAAAAUCCUCUUCCUCCUUAAAUGACAGUCUGAGAUCAACACAGGAGGCCAGCAUGCACACAGCCUUCCUGAAAACCAAGGAUAGCAGGACUGAGCCCAUGCUUCUCACCUCCCCGCCGGAAUGGCUGAGUUUAUUGAGUCUGGUGGAGAAGGAUAUAGAACAUCUGUAUCUGCACUCAAAUUCCAGUGGUCACUGUUCUGUGGAAGAAACUGCUGAAGACAAGGAAAUUCAGCAGAUUAAUGAGCACCCUUACCGAAAGGAGUCAGGCUCAGCUCUGAGUGAUCGGGAGUCCAGGGUUCCAGAUUCAGGGAUCCCAAGGGACUCAGAUCAGCUCUCCUGCUUGUCUGGAGAAACAGAUGUGGUGGCUACCGCUGACAGGGUAGACAGUAGCCAGAUUUAUGAGGAAGGAGAUGGUGGCGAAGGCUGCAGGACAGCCAGUGUUCCAAACAACGGGUUAGUGCAGACACUGAGGAAGAAAGAGGUGAGAGAAAGUCUCCUGGCUGACAUUCUGAAAGAAGCGGUUUUCAUUUCUGGGGAGCAGGAGACCCCGUGUGCCCAAAUUUCAACUCGGAGCACUGCUGAUCACAUCAUCCGCAAUGGCUCUCACUGGGAUUAUCUGCUGAGUUGGGAGCCCAAAUUCCAGCCUCUUGCCCCAGUGUUUAAUGACCUCGCCAAACUCAGGGAUGAACAUUUAUGCCUGCCUGGCAUUCCACUGGAGAAGAAAUCUUUUGUUUUUCCUCCACCCUUGAUAACUGCAGUAGCCCAACCUGGGAUUAAAGCUGUUCCACCCAGGAUGCCAGCCAUCACCAGCCUUCAGCAAACCCCACACUCCCCCAUCCUCUACCGGCUCAGUUCUCUGCCAGAAGCCAUGACUCCCAGCUUUUCUCCAUCUCUUUCCCUGCUCACCGCCCAGACCCCUGCUCCGACUGCUCUGCUAUUAGACAGAGAGUUGUUAGCAACACAGCGCCCAGGUCCAUUUUGUGACCUUAAAGCAGAAGAUGAAGUUCAUAUCUAACAUGAUUGCAUGGUUAAGCACCAGCUCACUGUUGAUCCUGCAUGAUCAAGCAUUCUUAAGCCCUGGGCCACUGAGUCCAUUUUAUCUACUAACCAGUGAUAUAACUUAGG